GCCCCAGCCCCAGCGAGGGGCUCGGCUCGGCUCCGCCGCUUCCCCCCCCUCCAUGGAGCGCCGGCCGCGCCGCCUCUGAUGCCCGGCCCGGCGCGCACCAUGGGGCCGCUGUGGCUCUGCUGCCUGCCCCUCGCCCUCCUGCCGCUGCUCGCUGCCGUGGAAGAGACACUGAUGGACUCCACAACAGCAACGGCAGAGCUGGGCUGGACUGUGCAUCCUCCAUCAGGGUGGGAAGAGGUGAGCGGGUACGACGAGAACAUGAACACGAUUCGCACCUACCAGGUGUGCAACGUCUUUGAAUCCAGCCAAAACAACUGGCUCCGAACCAAGUACAUCCGGAGGCGAGGAGCACACCGCAUCCAUGUGGAGAUGAAAUUUUCUGUCCGGGACUGCAGCAGCAUCCCUAAUGUCCCAGGCUCCUGUAAGGAGACUUUUAACCUCUAUUACUUCGAGUCGGACUUUGACUCGGCCACCAAGACUUUUCCCAACUGGAUGGAGAAUCCUUGGAUGAAAGUGGACACAAUUGCUGCGGAUGAGAGCUUCUCGCAGGUGGACCUAGGUGGACGGGUGAUGAAGAUUAACACUGAGGUGCGCAGUUUUGGGCCUGUCUCCAAGAACGGUUUCUACCUGGCCUUCCAGGACUAUGGGGGCUGCAUGUCCUUGAUUGCCGUCCGUGUCUUCUACCGCAAGUGUCCUCGUGUGAUCCAGAAUGGGGCCGUCUUCCAGGAAACCCUCUCAGGAGCAGAGAGCACCUCGCUGGUGGCAGCCCGGGGGACGUGCAUCGCCAAUGCGGAGGAGGUGGAUGUGCCCAUCAAGCUGUACUGCAACGGCGAUGGCGAGUGGCUGGUGCCCAUCGGCCGCUGCAUGUGCCGGGCAGGCUACGAGUCAGUGGAAAAUGGGACUGUCUGCAGAGGCUGCCCGUCGGGGACAUUUAAGGCGAGCCAAGGCGAUGAAGGAUGCGUCCAUUGCCCCAUUAACAGCCGGACGACUUCAGAAGGGGCCACGAACUGCGUGUGCCGGAAUGGAUAUUACCGGGCAGAUGCCGAUCCCAUCGACAUGCCGUGCACCACUAUCCCAUCUGCCCCCCAGGCCGUCAUCUCCAGUGUGAACGAGACAUCUCUGAUGCUGGAGUGGACCCCACCACGAGACUCGGGGGGCCGGGAGGACCUGGUCUACAACAUCAUCUGCAAGAGCUGCGGCUCUGGCCGUGGGGCAUGCACACGCUGUGGGGACAACGUGCAGUUCGCCCCACGCCAGCUGGGCCUGACGGAGCCCCGCAUCUACAUCAGUGACCUGCUGGCCCAUACCCAGUACACCUUCGAGAUCCAGGCAGUGAAUGGUGUCACCGACCAGAGCCCCUUCUCCCCGCAGUUUGCAUCAGUGAACAUCACCACCAACCAGGCUGCUCCUUCAGCUGUGUCCAUCAUGCACCAGGUCAGCCGCACCGUGGACAGCAUUACCCUCUCAUGGUCUCAGCCUGACCAACCCAAUGGAGUCAUCCUGGAUUAUGAGCUGCAAUAUUAUGAGAAGGAUCUGAGUGAAGUAAAUUCCACAACAGUGAAGAGCCCCACCAACACCGUGGCAGUGCAAAACCUCAAAGCUGGCACCAUCUACGUCUUCCAAGUGCGGGCACGUACUGUGGCUGGGUAUGGCCGGUAUAGUGGCAAGAUGUAUUUCCAGACUAUGACUGAAGCCGAAUACCAGACCAGUGUCCAGGAGAAAUUGCCACUCAUCAUCGGCUCCUCUGCAGCAGGACUGGUGUUCCUCAUCGCUGUGGUCGUCAUCAUUAUUGUAUGCAACAGAAGACGGGGCUUUGAGCGUGCAGACUCUGAGUACACUGACAAGCUGCAGCACUAUACCAGUGGCCACAUGACUCCAGGGAUGAAGAUUUAUAUCGAUCCAUUCACCUACGAAGAUCCCAAUGAGGCUGUCAGGGAAUUUGCAAAAGAAAUCGAUAUCUCUUGUGUCAAAAUUGAGCAGGUGAUUGGGGCAGGGGAGUUUGGUGAGGUGUGCAGUGGGCAUCUCAAGCUUCCUGGUAAAAGAGAGAUCUUUGUGGCCAUCAAGACCCUGAAGUCUGGUUACACGGAGAAGCAGAGACGGGACUUCCUGAGCGAAGCCAGCAUCAUGGGGCAGUUUGACCACCCCAAUGUCAUCCACCUGGAAGGAGUAGUGACCAAGAGCUCCCCAGUCAUGAUCAUUACUGAGUUCAUGGAGAACGGGUCACUGGACUCCUUCUUACGGCAAAACGAUGGGCAGUUCACAGUGAUCCAGCUGGUGGGCAUGCUGCGAGGCAUCGCCGCAGGCAUGAAGUACCUGGCCGAUAUGAACUACGUGCACCGGGACCUGGCUGCCCGCAACAUCCUGGUGAACAGCAACCUGGUCUGCAAAGUGUCUGACUUUGGCCUCUCUCGGUUUCUGGAGGAUGACACCUCUGAUCCUACCUAUACCAGUGCACUGGGUGGGAAGAUCCCAAUACGAUGGACAGCACCUGAGGCAAUUCAGUACCGAAAAUUCACAUCAGCCAGUGAUGUGUGGAGCUAUGGAAUAGUCAUGUGGGAGGUGAUGUCGUAUGGCGAGCGGCCUUACUGGGAUAUGACCAAUCAAGAUGUGAUAAAUGCUAUUGAGCAGGACUAUCGGCUACCACCACCUAUGGAUUGUCCGAAUGCCCUGCACCAGCUAAUGCUUGACUGUUGGCAGAAAGAUCGAAACCACAGACCCAAAUUUGGGCAAAUUGUCAACACCUUAGAUAAAAUGAUCCGAAAUCCUAACAGCCUGAAAGCCAUGGCACCUCUUUCCUCUGGGAUGAACCUCCCCCUACUUGACCGCACAAUCCCAGAUUAUACCAGCUUCAACACUGUGGAUGAAUGGCUGGACGCCAUCAAGAUGAGCCAGUACAAGGAGAGCUUUGCCAGUGCUGGCUUCACCACCUUUGACGUAGUAUCUCAGAUGACCGUAGAGGACAUUCUGCGAGUUGGGGUCACUUUAGCAGGACACCAGAAGAAAAUCCUUAACAGUAUCCAGGUGAUGAGAGCACAGAUGAACCAAAUUCAGUCUGUGGAGGUCUGAUAGCAACGUGUCCUCCUGCUCCUCUUCCUUGAGGUCCUGCUCCCCUUUGCCCUUGUAUGCCCGAACUGCAGUUCUUGUGUGUUCUACAUGGACCAGAGGCAGGCAGCUGCUCUGAGCAUCAUGGCAACAGGACGAAAUGCCCUGUCAUCAGCAAUGAGGAGUCACCAAGAGCUUCUAGAAUUUAAGCAAUGGAAAAAGGGAACAAAAUAAAAGACAACUAUUUUGAAAAAAAAAAACAAACAGAAAAACAAAAAUAGAACAAAACAAACCACAAACUAUGAAAUAUUUUUAAAUAAUAAUAAAGCAAUUGUGUUCUUGAAAAGGGCUCCAAGACCAAUGGGAGUCUCCAAAGGAAGAGAAGAGAGCAGCUUCAUCUGUUUCCUCUUGCACAAGGCUGCUGCAGCUGGGCCCAGCACCUCUGGAGCAAUGAGACUUCUUUGAGAAGAUGAAUGCAAAGAAAGGUCCCAAGAAGCACUUCUCUUUCUCACAUGGGAUGGUGGCUGUGGGAAUGGCAUGCGGUCAGCAGUCCUUCCCUAAAGCUCCCUGUUAGCAAAUGAAAGGGGAGAGAGAGCUGAAGCUCUUUGGUGCUGUGGAACCAAGUGCAUCUCAGAAAUGGAUGGACUUCUUCAAAAGAUGAAGACUUUUUCUAAAAAAUAAUAAAAAAAAAACAAAACACACAAAAAAAAACAAACCAAGACCCCAACAAACAAAUAACCUGAGACUAGAAGAGGCUGUUUCCGUCAAUUGAGAAGGAAUCUGUAAUGCUUCAGGGGGUGGGGAUGGGGAAAACCAAUCCUUUUUACAUCUCUUAUUUUCUCUUGUCAUGGAACGGUUUUGUGAGUGACAGUUUCCUAAGGGUCCGUCCAUCCACCCUCCAGUGGCAUCAUUGUCUCAUACAUAUCAUAUGCACAAGACUUUUAGUGAUGUCCUCACUAGAUGCCAAUGAUCUUUCCCCAGAAGACUUCCCAAGUACAGUAUGUAGUAGUUUUUUGAUUACAAAUGCUGAUGUGUACCUUUA